AUGCCCGUGAAAAAUGGUGGUGGCGGAGAGUCAGAUGGUGACGUUUCAGGUGGUGCGGAAUCUGAGCAUUCCAACUCCAGCCAAGGUCAUGAAUCCAGCGAUGAGGAAGCCAAUGAAAUCGAUUCCGACGAUUCAUCCGAAAUGGAUGUUAAUGAAAUAGAAAGGCGGCGAACGGAAUGCUUAGAAAUCUUAGAUCACUUGGAAAAACAAUUCAAUCAAUUGCGAGAACAAUACUAUACCGAACGUAUUAAUCAAAUCGAACAUCAAUCGGCUGAAGUGCGCAAUGGACGUUCCGAGGAAUAUUUACAACCACUCAAGGAGUUAGACAAAGUAUACAAAAAUCGCAUUGAAGUGGCGGAAAUAUUACGACGGUAUCGCUUAGAAAAUAUCGAACACAAGUUUUUGAGUGAGGAACAAGCAGCUUUACAAAACUUUGAGAGUGAAAAACAGUUGGCUUUAGAUCAAAUUUACGAUGACUUAAUGGAGAAAAUUAGACGUCUUGAAGAGGACAGACACAAUGUGGAUAUAUCCUGGGAUGACUGGGGUAACGAUAAGCGGCACAGUAAGGUUCGAGGACCUGCUCGAAAGAAAGCAGUUACUGUCACCGGCCCAUUUAUUGUGUAUAUGCUACACGAGGAAGAUAUUCUAGAAGACUGGACUACAAUAAGAAAAGCUCUAAAGCGUUCGACAUUGCCGGGCCCUGUGUCAGCGGCUUCUGCAACAUGACCCUAAACUAUCUUUUCUAUACAACAUUUUCCGUAUUUCCUGCUUCCUACAUGCUUCGCCCAGAAGGGAUCUUCAUUUGGUUUCUAGUUGUAGUUUUUAAGUUUCAACAAAUAAAUCAAUUUUCU